AUUAGCAUUUGAAUAGUUGGCCUGUUUCGACACGUUCAUAGAUUUUGAUCAGCCGAAGACGGGAUUUCCAGUAUACAGUUCUCGGUAUAUAGCCUCAUCGUUCAACUAGUUGAGGCUCCUCUACCCAAAUCCGUCCAAUUUCAAUAUUAACUAGUUGAGAGAUCCCCAAAUCUACUCUACUCCCACUCGUCUUGCAGCGCACUUUCAACUUCUAAUAACCCAAAUCCUCACUCUCCCUCUGGCCAUUUCCAAGGCUCAGUAUCCAAACUCAUAUCCAUACCUCUCCCGUCGAUCCCCACUCCACCUGACUAAGGCCGUUUCUUGGCGCGUCAUGGAGAACCCGCCGAGUCGCGUCCCUCCGUCGCACAUCGACCCCGAUCGCGUGGCCACCAUGUACGGCGAACUCGGCAAUAAACUGGUCCAACAUGCGAAGCGCACGCAAGCCCUCGCCCAUCUCCCACCUUACCAAACCGAGAUCGUCCGCGCAGUAACCCGCGAAGUCCGCGAUCUCGACCGCGAUGUCACCCGUCUCCUCGAUCCCUUCGAAGGCGCAUUUAAUCCCUCCGCCGACCCGGCCACCGCCUGCGCCCUACUGGUCGACCACCUCUGCAUGCGCCGAAACAAGCGCUGCCUCAUGGCGUACCACCGCGUGCGAACGGAGAAACUAGAGGAACUCUGCUGGACGGGCGUGGACGUGUUGGAACAGCAGCAGCCUAGCGAGAGUGGUGAGGACCGGGGCGUGGCGCAGGCGGGCGCUGGACAGCAUAGCUCGUUGAGUCCCGAGGAGGAGGAGUAUUUUCGACAGUAUGGGGAUAUGUUGGCAGCUUAUAAGGGGCAGUGGACGGAUAUUGAUUUGACGGGGACGUUGGAGCCGCCCAAGGACUUGUUUAUUGAUGUUAGGGUUUUGAAGGAUGCGGGGGAGAUCCAGACCGAGUAUGGCGUGAUCAAUUUGACCAAGAACAGUCAGCUUUAUGUUCGACAGGGGGACGUCGAGCGGUUGAUUGCCCAAGGCUUCCUGGAGCGAUUGAGCUGAGGGAGCAUUGCGAUGGGCUGAUGGUGGGAAUUGGGGAGGAGUUUUGCGAUUUGUUUUUGAUACCCCGCCAUGGAUGAGAUGGCUCAUGUGAAGAUCGUACCAUUUAUUCUGUCGAUCUCCAAUCUAGCAAGCAUACAACAAAAAUUAUGUGAAGCGC